AUGGACUCAGAAGGUGGAAACCGAAAAGACGUUACGGUUAAUGUUAAUCUAAUCGACAUAUUAGAUUAUGUUGGCAACUCAGUGCGACCAAUUCGCGAGGGUUGUGCCAUGUUCGAGGCUAAGCAUGUGAUAUUUAUAGGCUACACAGAAAAUUCAGCGGACUAUGUUUACAUUACGGGGUUUGUAAGACAUUCAUCUCAUCCACAGCAUCCACAGCACACAAUUGACCUGCAAAUCACUGCCAAUGUCUCCGGGUGGGCGUUGAAAUUUUCUUGUAAGGCAGGGACGGUUCGCUGUAAGCACAUUAUUGCUUGCUUGUUGGAAGUUAACCGUUCUGGUAACUGUGAGUUCCUUUCCUGCUCUACUGCAGUCCAAGCAUGGGGAAUCACAAAAAAAGAGAAAUUCAACAAGUGGGGAGCAAAACGAAUCAGUCAACUCUGUUGCAUAAAACAAUAUGUUCGCCUACUUCCCCCGGACAUACAAUUGCAAAACAAUAUUUUGGCCGAGUCGUUCAAUAGGAUUUUGAAUGGUAAACAAAAAGCAUAA